AUGGAUUUGAUAACACGUCUAACCACCCAUUUCUCGAAUUAUGAUUGUGUUGCGGAUGCAUAUGUUGUGGAUGCAUAUGUUGUGGAUGUAUAUGUUGUGGAUGCAUAUGCUGUGGAUGUAUCUGCUGUGGAGGUUGUUGGCGCAUCGGACCUCCGCCUUGGUUAUUUGCAUAUGGACGCCAUGAAUGAGGUUCAAAGUUUGGCGGAUUGUGCCAUGAAUGAGAUUCAGGAUUUGGCGGGUUGUGCCAUGGAGCCCAACCUCCGCCAAAGUUCAUCUGGAAAAAGCAUUGUUUUGAUUUCUCAACGACAACAGAUUGCAUGA